UUGUCUACAGACAGCAGUGGAAACCACGCCCAAAUCUCCCCUAAUCCUCUGAUCUCUUUCUCUGAUCUCCUUGAUUUCUGGCUCUCUCUGCUGUUGGGCUGAAGAGGAAUGACUUUCCCUAUUGAACUCAGGGUCCUUAUAAGUACUGUUCUUGUCCUAAUCCUUGUUCCUCCAGCUUCUAGUCUUAAUAAUACUGAUCACUACUGUCCUCCUUCUUCCUGUGGCAAUAUCCCCAACAUCAGCUAUCCGUUUCGACUAAAAGGCGAUCCACCAAACUGCGGAGACCAAAGGUAUGAGCUCUCAUGUGAUGAGAACAACCACGCGUUGUUAUCUUUACAUGAUGGUAGUAAAUACUAUGUAAGCCAAAUCAAUUACAACAACUACACAAUCCGAAUUGUAGACGCAAGUAUUCAGGAGGAUAACUACUCCUUCAUCCCUCGUAGUUUUCUAAACUACUAUAAUUUCAGUUGGAGUUGGCCGGACUGGGAUAUUUCACUUUUUACAGAAGUUGUGGUUAUUGUGAACUGUGAUAAGCCAGUGAGUUGGGCUUCCCCUUUCUAUUGGAACACGACUUCUAGGAAUUGUUCUAAUAUUAAUAAUGGAUAUGGGUCUUCUUCCAACUCCUUUUUUUCUCAAUAUUCCAAACGGUACAUAUAUCUUAUGGUUGGUCGAGCGAAUGUGAUGGAUGUGGAGGAGUCGUGCACGAUAGAGCAAAUGUUUCUGGCAUCGUGGCCAGGACAAAUUUAUGCUGAUCCUAAUAUUUCAUGUACAGACAUCCGCAAUGUAUACUCAUAUGGUUUUGUGCUUUCAUGGUACCGGAUUUAUUGUGGAAGCUGCGAAUACGAUAGUUGCUACUUCCAUGAGUACGAUAAUCAAGUUUAUUGCUAUCGAUGGGAAAACACUUUCGUUAUUUUCUUACUACAACAGGUCAAAACUACAGCUUAUUAUACUGGAUUGUUAUGGCUCAUCGGUAAAAUCCCCUUACACUGGAUUGUUUCCCCUCUUCAAUGA